AUGAAGGUGAACCAGGAGUUCCUUACGCUGGUGCUGCUGGGCCAAGGGACGACACACUCGCACACCCCAGGGGCGCCGGCUCCAGCGACGCUGCCCCACAACAAGAGCCCCUUCGAGUAUCUCCACACGGAGGAGGGGUUCCUACACGCCAAGACCUACUUCAGCUUUAUCGCCAACAACAACGACGAGACCGACGAGUACUUCAAUGAGAACCAGUUCAUCAACUUCCUCAGGAAGCUUACCGAUUUCAACGACCACGAGAUCCUCGAGAUCUACGACACCUUCGAUGUGCGACUGGGCGAGGCCAGCGGGAUCCGCUUCGAGGAGUACUUCUGCAUCCUUUCCCUCCUGGGCUCUCGCGACCACGGCCAGCUGACCAAGUCCCUGUUUCUGCACGGCGAGUCCAUGUUCAACAUACUUGUCAACAAGCUCACGGGUGAGGUGAUCUACGACAAGUUCAGGAGACUGGGCUUCCUGCUGGGCAUCCCCGAGACAUACAUACUAGCGAGGUUGUGGCCCUUUCAGCUGAAUGCGUUUUCGUCGUUCGACCGCGACUCAUUCAUGCUUCACUACUUCGAUAUCCUCUCCCACGUGGAGAUCUACCUCAAGCAGAACGACACCAGAGAUUCGGAUGACGGCAAGACCAAGGGUCCUCGAUGCGCCGUAUCGUGA